GCGCGAGAUUUUGCUUCUAACGACACGAUUUUAGGCUUCUUCUUGCCUACUCCAUUCAGAGGAGUGAGUUAUUAAGCUCAAAAGCCCCAACUGAGAACAAAAAUUCCAGCCAAAACUCAUACCCGAACAAAAACCGCAGAAGCCGGCCGAUUUUAGCUUCACAAACAGAAAAAAUGGAGUCAGUUUUCGGGCUGGUUGGAAAGAAUUUCGCGAUAGUGGUGGCGGACACAUCGGCGGUCCACAGCAUUCUCGUUCACAAAACUGAUGAGGACAAGAUCAUGCUCCUAGAUUCUCACAAACUCAUGGGCGCCUCCGGCGAGACAGGCGACCGGGCUCAGUUUACGGAGUACGUACAGAAGAAUGUAGCUUUAUACCAAUUCCGUAAUGGCAUUCCUCUGACCACUGCAGCUGCUGCGAACUUCACCAGAGGCGAGCUUGCAACGGCCUUGCGGAAGAAUCCAUACAUGGUGAAUAUCAUCCUGGCUGGAUAUGACAAGGACGUAGGCCCUUCUCUAUACUUCAUCGAUUACAUUGCCUCACUUCACAAGGUUGACAAAGCAGCAUUCGGUUACGGUUCCUACUUUGCACUCUCCAUGAUGGAUAGAUUCUACCGCCGGGACAUGACUGUUGAAGAGGCCAUCGAGUUGGUUGAUAAGUGCAUAACGGAAAUCCGUAGUAGGCUGUUUGUAGCCCCACCAAACUUUUUAAUCAAAAUCGUGGACAAAGAUGGGGCAAGGGAAUAUGAAUGGCGCAAGUCUAUCAAGGAUACACCACCCGUUGCUGCAGCGUGACUCGGCUCUCACUUAUUUAUCACCAGACUUUAAUUCUUGUUGCUGGAUUUGCAUCAAUUAUUGCAGCUUGAGGAAAUUUAGGUGAAUCUAGUAAACUACGUGGGUGAGAUUUCCUCUUGUUUAAGAGAUUUCUCUGUUAAGGAAAUUUAAGUGUUCUCCCUUAUUUCUGUUACUAUAGUUUUAUGCCAAAUCGAAAAAUUGAUUUUAUGCUUGAAA